CCGGUUUGCUUUAUACAAAUCAUUUCUGUGAAAGCAUCAAACUGACAAGACGCAACAUGAAGCUCUUGGCAGUUUUCUUAAUAUUCCUUAUACUAAAUCUAAUUUAUGUAUCUCAGAGUGCCAUCGGUGGCAUUUGUGGAAACCGACCUUUAUAUCAGGGCUCCCGGAUUGUUGGAGGACAAAAUUCCCCACCUGGGAAGUGGCCAUGGAUGGUCAGCAUCCAGCACCCUGUAGGGAAAGAAUUCUCGCAUCUCUGCGGAGGAAGUGUCUUAAAUGAAAUGUGGGUCCUGACCGCAGCCCAUUGUUUUAAGCAUCUGCAAAGCAAGGAAGAAACAAACACAUGGAGACUCGUAUUUGGAGCAAAUGACUUAAUGGUUCUUGACUCAUCGGUGCAAAUCCGAAGGAUAAAAGAAGUUGUAACACCCAAAGCUUAUGAUCCAAAAACAGAGGCGAAUGACAUUACCCUGUUGCGGUUAGACAAGCCUAUAGAGUUCACAGAUUAUGUGCAACCGGCUUGUUUCCCAACAGAGUUUGCUAAUGUAGAAAAAAAGACCGACUGUUACAUUGCAGGAUGGGGAGUUCUAGAGGAAGAAGCUGGAGAACCAGCAGACGUUUUGCAAGAAGCCCGCGUUCAUCAAAUUGAUUCCAAGAAAUGUAACUCCAAAAGCUGGUAUGGUGGCGCCAUAGGAGAAUACAACCUGUGUGCAGGCCAUGAGAAGGGAGGCAUCGACAGUUGCCAGGGAGACAGCGGAGGACCUUUAAUGUGCAAAACUCCGAAAUCAAGGGUCUAUGCUGUAGUUGGUAUAACAAGCUGGGGAUCAGGCUGUGCAAGAGGCAAAAAGCCAGGUGUUUACACUUCCACCAAAUUCUUUAUUAAAUGGAUUGCCAGCAAAGUCGAGAAAUAUGAGAAAGAAAAGCCGAAAAUCAGGAAGAAACGAUCACUGCUGAAAAACAUUAUUCUUCCCAAUGGGCAACUUCCUGGUGCUGAGAAUAGAGGGCUAACUCAAACCCUAACCCAAGAAAUGGAAAUAAAUUCUCUUAACCCAACAGCAAAAAUACAAGAGGUUCAGAAUGGCAGAGAAAAAGGGCCACAAGUUCAGCCUAGAAAAAUAGAAGAAAGCCUUAAACCUGAAACAGCUGUACAACCACCAGGAGAAAAUAUUUUGAAAAGAAUUCUGAGUUGGUUAAGAUGGAUAUACGAUGGUCAUCAGUCCCCAUCUAAAUAGACGUUAGCUCCCUUUUUAAAACCAUCAGCCUCUGCCCUUAACAAUGCAAGGAUAGUCUGGAAGCUUUAACUCUAGAUUGUGUUAUUUUAUAUUGUUUAGCUUUAUUUGAUAUUUCUUUAUUUAACUAGAUAUGUUUAUUUUUAUAUAAAAUUAUAAAAUAGAAAUCUAUAUUUUUAUAUAAUAUUUACAUAUUAUUUUAAAAAAAAAUUAUAAUAAAAUGUUUGAAUGAAUACAAAUUCUAUCUGCUGUUUUGGAUUUUAUAUAUUAUGUUGAAGUAUCACAUUUAAUUCAUUUACGAUAUUAGGCGUCAACUUGCACUUAUGUAUAGUUGAGCUAUAUCAAGGAUCUAUGCUAUAGUCGAAAUAACAAGCUGGGGAUCAGGCUGUGCAAGAGGCAAAAAGCCAGGUGUUUACACUUCCACCAAAUACUUUAUUAAAUGGAUUGCCAGCAAAGUCGAGAAAUAUGAGAACGAGAAGCCGAAAAUCAGGAAGAAACGAUCACUGCUGAAAAACAUUAUUCUUCCCAAUGGGCAACUUCCUGGUGCUGAGAACGUAGGGCUAACUCAAACCCUAACCCAAGAAAUGGAAAUACAUUCUCUACACCCACAAGUUCAGCCUAGAAAAAUAGAAGAAAGCCUUAAACCUGAAACAGCUGUACAACCACCAGGAGAAAAUAUUUUGAAAAGAAUUCUGAGUUGGUUAAGAUGGAUAUACGAUGGUCAUCAGUCCCCAUCUAAAUAGACGUUAACGCCCUUUUUUAAAACCAUCAGCCUCUGCCCGUAACAAUGCAAGGAUAGUCUGGAAGCUUUAACUCUAGAUUGUGUUAUUUUAUAUUGUUUAGCUUUA